UCAGCUGACCACAGGAACAAAAUCAAAACAACCACAACCCCUCGACCGACCUGUUACAGCCCCAUCUCAUCACAGGAACACUAAUCCCGAAACCAAAUUCCCAACCUCCUUUGAGGAUCAGCGUGCAUCGGUGUGAACUUGACCGAUAUGACCUCAAAUGAAGAGGACAAAGAUCCUGAUAUUGAGCUGUUUGUGAAGGCAGGGAGUGAUGGAGAGAGUAUUGGAAACUGUCCUUUCUCUCAAAGGCUCUUUAUGAUCCUGUGGUUGAAGGGAGUCGUGUUCAAUGUCACCACUGUUGAUCUGAAGAGGAAACCAGCUGAUCUUCAUAAUCUUGCCCCAGGAACCCCUCCACCCUUCCUUACUUUCAAUAAAGAUGUACAGACGGAUAUCAACAAAAUUGAAGAAUUCUUGGAAGAGAUGCUAGCACCUCCUAAGUAUCCAAAACUGGCUGCAAAGAACAAAGAGUCAAAUAGUGCAGGAAACGACAUCUUCGCAAAGUUUUCAGCCUACAUCAAGAACACAAAGCCAGAAGCCAAUGCAAAAUCUGGACCUUCUUUUGAUAGACCCACCCCACACAUACGCAACACAGGCAACGAUGUCAGUCUGGAAAAAGGACUUGUGAAAACUCUGAAAAAACUGGACAACUUCCUAAACUCUCCUCUUCCGGACGAGAUUGAUGCUGAUGGUACGGGAGAGAUGCGCUCCAAUCGCAAGUACCUGGAUGGCAAUGAAUUGACGCUUGCCGACUGCAACCUUCUACCUAAACUACACAUAGUGAAGGUGGUUUCAAAGAAAUAUCGUAACUUUGAGAUCCCAGCAGACUUUACAGGAGUUUGGAGAUAUCUGCAGAAUGCCUACGCCCGAGAUGAAUUCACUAACACGUGUGCAGCCGAUCGAGAGAUUGAACUGGCCUAUCAGGACGUAGCAAAGCGGGUCGGCAAGUAAACCAGACUCUGAUCGUAUUCAAAACUACAGAAAGCAACCCAUCUCUUUCUGAAAGAUCGUUUUCUUCAGGUGAAAUGAUACAAGUACCACAUUUCUGAGCAGAAUUUACCUUAAGGAUUCCACAUUGGACCGGUCCAAAAUGCCUGUACUCUCAUUAAGACGAAUGUUUUUCUCUUGCCAUCAUGUUUUUUAUCGCUGUCUUUGAUGAAGAAACCCUGUGCCACUUUUUCUCUGAAGCUUUUGAGGAUUUAAUGAGGAUUCUCUCGAUUUAAACUGAAUUUAAACUACUCGUGUGAAUCAUUCGAAUGUGACUGGGAUGAUAGUUUGAGUUGUUAGUUGUAGAAAGGAGUUUUAUACAAAUUAUUUUUGCUAGCUUGUCUAACAGCAUUAAUUUGUGCUUUAUGCAAUACCUAAUCCAUGAUUUAUUUUAGAGUAGAGAAAGAUGUGAAAUUAAAUAAAGUUAGAGGAUCUUGAGAAGAAUUUGACUCAAGCCCACAGCUCUACCUGGUGGACAUUUUAGGAAUUGACACAAAAACGUAAAAAUUUCAGAUUGAUUUGAAGUCAAACCAUCACUCAAACUGGACACAUUAUGUAGGUCUCAGGUAUUUCAAAACCUUUCUGGAUUCUAUAUAAAUCUGCAUAUUGGUCUAUUAUAAUAAAUAUAUUUUUUCACAAAGCAUAAUUUGUUCUUAUUUAGUUAAAGAAUUUUUUCUGUGGCCAAAUUAUAUGAUUUUUUAAAUUCAACAGCAUGUCACAUCUAUAUGCAUGUAAACUGGAACAUUUACUCUAAACCAGUUUAAGGUGGUCUGCUGGUUUUGUUUAGAUCAGUGGUGCCCAAACUGACCUGUAAUGUGGCCCGUCAUAAGAUUAGGAAAAAUGAUAAACGUCACUGACGAAGAUUUUCAUAUUUCUAAUUAAACAUUUUCUAAAAUGUAAUUUUUUUUGUUUUAUUUGUGCAAUAUACAAAUGUUAAUUGAAAUUAAAUGCAAUGGAUUAAAGUGAAUAAUUUUUUAUGUACAUGAAUACUUGAAGGUGUAUCAGGAAACUCAACAAACUCGGGUACUAUAGGCUAAUAAUAGAGAGGUCGAGGCAGUGGCACGCAGAUAAAAGGAUAUUUAAAAAGUAUUUUUUUUUUUACAACAGUUACCUUUGAAAAUAAAACUGCAUUAGUUAUGCAUAAACAGA